AUGGCACUAAAGAUACGUCCACCACUGACAAACCCAAGAGGCCAAGAAACUAAUUUAACACAAUUGGAAGGAUUACGCCAUAAUGUCAGAGAAGAGAAUGAGAAGAAUGCAGCUAUAAUCACCAGUGAAUCACCAGUCAAUCAGCAGAAAGACCUAGAAGAACAUAUCAAUUUUGCAAGCACAAUAUGCACCAACACUAACCCCGAAUUUGAGCCAGAGAGAAUCAGUUCUUCGCUUCAUGGAUCAGUCCCAUCAGAGGAAAUACAAGUAUUCAGUGCAAGUAUAAAUGACCCACGGGGGCUGUCCCAAUGUUACACUGACGCUGAAAAUUUGGAAGCUAUAAAGCCAGAAGACUUUUCCAAGAAACCUUAUUCACAGAACAAGGAGGCAGAAAGUGCACAAGACCAAAAUCCAGCUAACAGAACUGGCAAAAUGAUUCCGUCUAUGAUACAAAUUCCAGGGAAUGAUUCAACAGGCAAAGAUGUUGCUGAUGAAGAAAAGGAAGAUAAAGUAGGAGCCAUACAAAUUGCAGAGCAGUCUAUUAGCGUUCCAUCACAUAUGUUAGCUGAUACAAUGGUAAAGGAAGCAAUUGAAGCAGCUUUGUUUGAAAUUACUGGAGAUGAAGGAAGAACUUUCACAUUUGAAUCACAAAAAGCAAAGGCAUUAUCCAGAUGGUGCAGAACUUCACAGCAGAAAGUGACCACAGUUUUGAAUUUAACAUCAAAGCAUGGAGAGCCUUCAAAAAAUCCAUGUUACGAUGACACAAUACAAAAGUGUUCACAGCUUGGUGAACUCAUAACCGAAACUAGCACAAUGCAUGUGCAAACGAAAAGGUUGCAUAUAAUGCCACUCAGAAAAACAUAG